AUGCCGAGCCGUUCUGGAGAUGAGAAGCCCAAGAAAUCUGAAGGAGGUGCAAAGGCAAUCUUAAAGAUAAUGAAGAAACAAACCCAGGGAGAGUGGAACGAACGAUGUGAAGCAUCAUUUGGAGAAGUAAAGCAAAUUGUCACUAAUCCUCCAGUUAUGAGACGACCCGACUAUUGCAGCGAGCUACACUUAUUUUUGGCAGUCAGUGAAGAAGCGAUUAGUGCAGCUUUGGUCCAAGAAAUUGCUGAAUUUAGACCAAUAUACUUUAUCAGUAGAAUUUUGAAGGAAGUAGAAACCAGGUAUCAACAGCUAGAAAAAGUAGUUCUGGCCUUAGUGAAUGCUACCCGAAGACUUAGACCCUACCUACAAGGAAACCAGGUUGUAGUUCAUACGGAUUACCCCAUUGCUAAAAUCUUAAGAAAACCCGAUCUGGCAGGGAGAAUGAUCGGGUGGUUCGUAGAACUCUCUGAGUUAGGUCUGAGGUAUGAGCCAAGAGGAUCUGUUAAGGGACAACAUCUGGCAGAUUUUGUGGCUGAACUGCUUGUGGUAGAUUCAACUUUCCACCCAUGGAUAUUAUAUGUAGAUGGAUCGUCCAGUCAUCAAGGUGGAGGAGCGGGAAUAGUCUUAGAAGGGUCGAACGGUAUUAUGAUAGAACAAGCCUUGAUUUUCCGGUUUAAAGUCAGUAAUAAUCAGGCAGAGUACAAAGCUUUAAUAGUAGGCUUGGAGUUAGCACGGGACUUGGGAGUAGAAGUUCUUCGCUGCAAGACAGAUUCACAGCUUGUAGAAGGGUAUAUGAACGGGACGUUCCAGAUAAGGGAUGAUCAGUUAUUAAAAUACUUCCACAAAGCCAAGCAGCUGUUCUCCCAUUUCGAAUCCAUGGAUUUAAAACAUAUACCGAGGGAAGAGAACCAAAGAGUUGACAGGCUUUCUAAGCUGACGACCGGGAAAGAAAAAGCCGAACGGGAUGAUUGGAGGAGAGAUAUUAUGUUGCUUAUCAAGAAGCAAGGAGAAGGUAUAAGUCUUCGUCCCGAAGAGGCUAGACAAAUUGCACGAUAUGUUAUAGUGGGAGAAGAACUUUACCGAAGAGGGUAUGUCAUGUCUAUGUUAAAAUGUUUGUCCAAAGAAGAAUCAGAAUACAUUAUGAGGGAGCUGCAUGAAGGGAUAUGUGGCAGACACGGUGGCGGUCGGUCACUUAGAGCCCGUGCGUUGAGGGCAGGAUUUUAUUGGCCUACGAUGGAAAAAGAUUGUCAAGCUUUUGUCACUAAAUGUUUGGCUUGUCAGAAGUAUGGGAACAUAAUUCACGCAUCGGCCAUUGAGUUGCUAGGUAUGGUGUCUCCAUGGCCCUUCGCUCAAUGGGGGAUGGAUAUUGUAGGACCAUUCCCGACCGGUCGCUCACAAUUGAAGUUUCUCUUAGUGGCAGUCGAUUAUUUCACCAAAUGGGUAGAAGCAGAACCUCUGGCUAAAAUAUCGGCGUCUCAGGUGCAAAAAUUUGUCUAG